UCUGCCUUCACAUACAACAUUUAUCCAGCAGUCCAAGCUUUGUUUCAGCUGCCUAGCUUUACCGCCGCCGCCCCUAUUGUUUCAGGAUUCAGAAUGUAUCCUAUCGUGUUCUUACCACAGGGAUAUUAAAUUGUAGUGUCAGUUGUGUCAGUGUGAUUUUAAAAGUCCACAUUGAAUUGAAAUGAAUUUUAGCCGCUAAAAUGACCGGAGACUUGCAACACCCUUCCAUAACAUACCAGCACCUGGACAAGACGGGUAGUCGUCUCACUUCCGGGACUAUGUAUCGUCUUCUCCUGUUCUGUGCCGCCUGGACAGCAUGUGACGUCACUCUCACUGCUGCUGCAGCAUCACCAAACUCUCAAACCCCGUCACCCUCAUCGUCACAGUGUGUCGGCGCCGAUUGUCGCGGCCAGGUGUUGCUGUCGUCGCCUUCUUCUUCAUCGUUGUCGUUGAGGUCGUCUUUGUCUUCAUCGUCAUCGUUGCCGUCAUCUACUUCAUCGUUGUCGUUCUCGUCAUCUUCAUCCUUAUCGUUUUCGCCAUCUUCAUCGUCAUCAUCGUCGCUCUCGUCAUCUUCAUCCUUAUCGUUGUCGCCAUCGUCAUCGUCAUCAUCGUCGUUCUCGUCAUCCUCAUCCUUAUCGUUGCCGCCAUCGUCAUCGUCGGCACCGUCGCCAUGCAUCGUCUUCACAGACCCAGAGGGUGAUGAGGUGGCGGACUGCAGGGGUCAAGGCCUGACGCGAGUUCCCACCACAGACCUCCCACACACGACGGUCAAGCUACAUCUCGACAACAACCUCAUCGCCUCUCUGCCCGACUGUACCUUCUCGAGCGUUCCGAACCUUAAAGUUCUGACGAUCAGCAAAAACCGAUUAGAACGAGUCAGCCCCUGUGCUUUUUGUGGCAUCGAGAGUUUAGAACGCCUAAAUUUGGGUGGCAAUCGCCUAAAUUUGAGCGCCCCCAUGUGGGGAAAACGGCCGUUUAGGAAUCUCGGACAGCUGAGAGAUCUAACUUUAGCUAACAACAAUAAUGGCGAUCUCGAGGGAGAUUACCAUAAGAAUUUACUAGGAGGUCUAGAGAGCCUGCAGUUCUUGUCUUUGGAUACGUUUUAUGGCUGCCUCCGGUUUGGAAAUAUCUUUGGCAAUAUGACGUCAUUAGACAGGCUCUCUCUGAGUGGGGGUCUCAGUGUCAUAAAAAACAAUACAUUUCGAAGCCUUCAAACCCUCGGGCUCACGUCUCUUUCACUUACGAGUGCCGACAACCUGCACACGACUGAGCUAGACGCGUUUAACCAUUUAUCCGACCUUCAUUCGUUUUCUAUUCAGAAUACAAAUCAAGGCUUGAAGAAGACCCUGAGAAGUUUAUACCCGUUUCGAAACCGGUCUUUGAAAACGUUAUACCUGCGGGCAAUUGGAACGUCGCAGUUUGAGCGUGGUGCGGUGAAGUGUUCUGACGGAAUAGUAGACUCUUACAAAGUGGAAUUCCUGUCUCAGAUUUGCGUGGAGAGUUUUUCGCUCAUAAGAAGCGGUGUGUAUGCCGUGCAGGGCGACACCAUUACCGGGCCGGUGUGGAGGAAAUGUCUACGUUCCCUGGACUUGUCUUCGAACCCACUCAUUGGGGACAGAAUCACUCUCCUACAAUUCGUUCGGUUUAAAGCUUUGAAAGUUCUUGAUUUAUCAAACCGGAAACAGACUUCUUCGUACUCAAAUCCGCGAGAUGAGUAUUUAGAAGCCCGAGAAAAUCUUCCGAGCUCAUCCAGUAUCCACAGAAUGCGUUCCGGGAGUGUAAGGUCAAGGUCGAUCGGGGGUAUAAAGACACGCCACGAGAGGUCGGUUCACAAUGGUGUAUAUGAUACCGGGGAUGUCAUUUCGUUUGACUCUGAUCGGCACGGGGAUGUCCAAACAGCCUUGCCCUUUAAACUGGCCGUAGGCGGGUCCCUGUCCAACCGUAUCUCUGGCCAUGGAUAUUCCGCUAUUUCUAUUCGAUUCCCAAAGAGCCUCGAAAUCGUUAACAUACAGAGCUUCGGGAGUAGUAUGGGUUCUUUAUCGUCGGACGUAAAUGUAGUUGGAGGCGGAAAUAUCCGAGAACUGUACCUUGGUGACAACUCGUAUACCGACUUCACUGGUGCGGUCCGCGGGUUCACGCGCCUGGAGAUUUGCGACAUAUCGUACAACAAUUGCUCCAACAUGUCCCCGUCGUUCUUUGACACCGCACCGACAAUCUCCCACCUCAAGAUCCGCGGAGCGAUGCUGGACAGUGAGUUCAUGUCCACGCAGAGCGAGCGUCUGUUCCGGCCGUUAAGAAAUCUGACAGUCUUAGACCUGUCUGACAACAACCUAAGUCUUCUCUCUGAGAACGUUUUCAGAAACAAUUCCAUACUCCGAGCACUCGUAUUAGAGAAAAAUCGUUUUAAAUCUCUCCCAUUUGUGGUCUCUUCCCUUCCAAAUCUCGAACACAUAAACCUCCGCUCGAACUCAAUAUCUCAACUGAACGAGAAAGAAAUGCAGGCUUUCGACGAGCAGUUGAUGAGAAGCCCUGAAUUUUCUGUAGAUUUAACCGGGAACAUUAUGGUCUGCGGAUGCUCGAGCAUUCGGUUCCUCUAUUGGCUUCAGAACACAAAAAUAAAUUUAGACAAACCUGUCAACUACAGCUGCAUCACUGAAGACGGUACUCUUAAAACCGUUGGCGACAUUUCUAACCUCAAGAGUCUGCGGCGUCAGUGUCAGGGAAAAUACUUCUUACUUAUCUCCAUCAUCCUCUUCUGCUUCCUGAGCCUCGGAUUCGUUAUCACCAUCUCCUAUGCCAAACUCCAAACGCGAAUCAAAUCCUUCCUCUACCGGACGUUCAUUAGCGGUUUCAACAUGCACACACCGUCCGACUACAGAAUCGGGGUAUUUAUCGGAUACGCCGACGCCGAUACUCGGCUCGCUUGCUUCACACUCCGAGACUUCAUCCAGUCCGAGCUGUCGCUGUCCACUUACGUGAGAGACAUCAACACGCUCCCGUCCUCAGACAUCGCCGAGUCGAUCGUGGACGCCGUCAACUCCAGCUGGAGGAUCGUUCUGAUCGUCACCCACGACUUCCUCAACAACGACCUGUGGUCCUACUUCACCAUGAAGACAGCCGUCUACAUGGUCAGCCCGUCCAACCCGGGCCUCAUCGUGGUCCUGACAGAAGAGUCCGUGCGGCAUAGGCUUCCGGUCAGCCUUCUCCGGGCUCUGGAGGAAGAGAGUAUCGUCUGCAUGCCGCCCACACACCACCUGGACCAGGGGCACAGGAGGACUUUGGCUCGUCUGCUGCUUCCUUCUGGCACUUAAACCCAGACCGCGUUAUUUGUUGUCGGUUUCUUUAUUUGUUGUUGGCUUUUUUUUCUUUGAUUACUUAAUUUAGAAGGCGUUAGUUAUAACACGUAAUACAUAACAAACAAACACACACACACACCCACACACACACACACACACACACACACACACCACACACAUGCUC